AUGUUUCGGGAUUCCAGGCAUGCAGUUUUUGCGGUGUAUGAUACCAAGUGAUACGUUUAUAGCCUAUCUCUUAUAGGAAAAGAGGGGGGAGGGGAGAAGAACACUAAGGGACAGGGAAGGGAAGGGACUACUAAUGGUCAGGGAGGGGAGAGGGGCUGGUUAAAAGGCACAUAGGUGAAGAUGGUUUUUUUUUUUGGGGGGGGGGGGCGGAAAAAUGCAUCUUCGCCUAUGUACCUAAAACUCCAAGCACUGGCCCUGCAUCUAAGUUGGCCCUUUUAAAAGUGUCUGGCAGGGCAGUGCUAAUUAUUGGCCAAUCCUUUAAUUACAUAUCUAACAUCUGCAGAUCCCGCUGGCUCCAUGCAGCAGGUCUGUCCGACCUAGCCCCCAAAUCGCAUGAGUUCCCAAAUUUGGAGGAUUCUUACCUAUUCGGUCCCUCGUUCAUUCAGGAGGUUAAAGGCCGUUACAAGGCAAGGAGAUCCUUUUCAGAACUCAAGAAGUCCGUCCCUGGCUACAAAAAGCCCUUUCGGACAGAGGGGCGCCCCUAUAGGGCUGCAGGAGCGUCCCGAGAAGCCUCUCACCAGGCCCAGUACCGCCACUACAGUGGAAGACACAAACUCCCAAGCGGUGGCAGAGGAGUGCAUUCCAGAGGCGGUUCAGCUUCCAAAAGAAAACCCAUGCAUUCAAGUAAGUGUGCCUCCUCAUAUGCCACUAAAUUGGAAGGAUAUUUCCUCAGACAAAUGGGUUCUAAAGAUUUUUCAAAGGGGUUUACAACUCCCCCUUUUAAGGUUCCAAGUCCAGAAAUUUGCACCCCACAGAAAGGUGAACCCAGUGCUAGAUGCCUCCCUUUCCUUAGCUUUAAGUCAAGGGAAAAUAGAGUUGGCAGACAUGUCUAUUACAGGAUGGGUCAGCCCAUUGUUCCCAAUCCCAAAAUCAGACGGUUCCUGGAGACCGGUCCUAAACGUGAGGUCUCUGAAUGCUUUCUUUAA